AUGACUUUAGAUUCAGUUGAAGCUUAUCACAUUCUCCGUAAUGGAAUUACUGGUGGUUUAUCAAAUGUUCAACAUAGAGUAAAUCUUAAAGGAAUCACGCACAUUAAUAAACUUUCAUAUAAUCCAGAAACUAAAACUGUAUCAAAUGAGGACACCACCAACAUCAUGACUCAUUUCGUUGGUGUUGAUUUUAAUUCAUUAUAUCCUUCAUCAUUUUCAUCUAAUCCUCAUGAUUUCAUUCAAUAUACUGACCAUAAAAUGUAUAUGCCGGGAAGAUUGAAUGGUGUUAUCAUUUGUGAUACAGCAACAAAGAAAGCAAAAGCACUGGGAAUAAUUAAGAAGAAAAAUACUUUAUUCGUGGCUGAAGUAAAGGGUUACAUUGAUGAAAAAUACAUUAAUGAUUACAUAAACUUUUUACCGAUAAUAAGAAACUUAGAUAUUAUCACAGAUGAAAAAACAAUUGGCAUUUUUAUGUAUAAUUACAUGAAAUCAAACAAUUUACCAGUUGACCAGAAACAGAGGAAAUUAACUCAGUUAGCAUCAACACACAACCAAUAUCAACCAUUUUCUUCUUAUUAUCUUUGGUAUCUAAUAGACAGAUUUCAUUUUAUCAUCGAUGAUAUUCAAUCAAUUUUAACAUUUACUAAAAACACUUGUUUUAAUGAAUUUGCGAACAAAUUUAUGAACGAAAGACAAAAGGCUGAAUUAGAAGGAAAUAAAGGAAAAAGUUUAUUUUGCAAGAUUUCGCUUAAUGGAUCAUAUGGUUACGAUGCAAUGAAUACACAAAAUUACGCAAAGACUAAAAUAAUGAAUGCACAGAAGGCACGCGUUGCAUAUAUGUCAAAUAAGUUUAAAAACAUAAGAGAAAUAGGUGAAGAUACAUAUCAAGUGAUGCUUAAAGAUAGAUUUUAUAGAUGUGAUACAUGUUUACAAGAGGCAUUCUUCACUUUAGAUAACGCAAAAUACUGGUAUUUAGUUUUCAUUUAUGAUUUUAUGUAUAAAUGCAUGGAUGUUAAUCGUUUUCAUUUCAUUGAAGGUGAUACUGAUUCAUCUUAUUGGGCAAUCGCUGGCGACCCAAAUCUUCCUAACACUCAAGCAUUUCAGGCGAUUGUAACCGAUAAACAAUUUUAUGAUAAAAACAUUUUCAAAUUCGCACCAUUUGAUUUCUUCUGUUUUGAUGAGAAAUUUAAACCUAAAUUAAAGAAUAAAGCUGAAGAAAAAGCACAUGAGAAGAAGUUAUUGGGUUUAGCAAUUGAGAAACAAGGUGAUAACAUGGUUGCUUUAUGCCCUAAGUGUUAUACAUCAUUCAACGGUUCAAUUGAUGGAAGUGAUUUUAAAAAGAUUGCACAAAAAAUGAAAGGUGUUAGUUUACGACAAAAUAAGCAAUUAACACCUAAAAAUUAUUUGGAUAUAAUAAAUGAUAAAUUGAUAUUUGAUGGUCAGAAUAUUAAUUUACAACUUAAAAACGGGUCAAUGACUCGCUUAACAAUCGGUAAGACUGCAUUAACAGGAGCACACACUAAGGCUGUAUGUUGUGAAAAUGGAUGUUGUAUGCCAUUUAUUUAA